AUGGUAACGAAACAUCCAGAUCAGAUUUCCAAGAGAUGUUGUUAAAUGCAUGAUAAUUAUGAGAUUAUUGCUGUAGAUUUAAGUAUUUCUUGUAAUAAGAAAUUCCUAUGUGCAAAAGGCAUUCUUGAUAUAUUUGGAACAAAAAGCAUUUUUCUUUAUGAUAAGGCUAAAUUAAUGAUUAAGGACAUGAAGAAUAUAAAUAAGAAUUGA